GUGAAGUUUCGUUGCCCAGCCUCAGGCAGCCCCAGCCCCAGCAUCCGCUGGUUCAAGAAUGGGCGCGAGUUCCGUGGGGAGCACCGCAUCGGGGGUAUCCGGCUCCGGCACCAGCACUGGAGCCUGGUGAUGGAGAGUGUGGUGCCCUCUGACCGCGGCAACUACACUUGCUUGGUGGAGAACAGGUUUGGCAGCAUCCACUACAGCUACCUCCUAGACGUGCUGGAGAGGUCCCCGCACAGGCCCAUCUUGCAGGCAGGGCUGCCCGCCAACACUACAGCCCUGGUGGGCAGCGAUGUGGAGUUCUUCUGCAAGGUCUAUAGUGAUGCCCAGCCCCACAUCCAGUGGCUGAAGCACAUCGAGGUGAACGGCAGCAGCUACGGUCCUGACGGGGUCCCCUAUGUGCAAGUGCUCAAGACUGCAGACAUCAACAGCUCCGAGGUGGAGGUGCUGUACCUGCGCAAUGUCUCUCUGGAGGAUGCUGGCGAGUACACCUGCCUGGCAGGGAACUCCAUCGGCCUCUCCUACCAGUCUGCCUGGCUCACUGUGCUGCCAGAAGAGGAGCUGGUGCGGGAAGCUGAAGCCCCCGAGACCAAGUACACAGACAUCAUCAUCUAUACCUCGGGCUCGCUGGCCGUGGCCAUGGCCAUCAUCAUCAUGGUGCUGUGCCGGAUGCAGACUCAGUCAAGCAAGCAGCCCCUGGAGCCCAUGGCAGUCCACAAGCUCUCCAAAUUCCCACUCAUCCGACAGUUUUCCCUGGACUCCAGCUCCUCUGGGAAGUCCAGCACAUCCCUGAUGCGCGUCACUCGUCUCUCCUCCAGCUGCGCCCCGAUGCUGGCUGGGGUCAUGGAGCUGGACCUGCCCCUCGAUGCCAAGUGGGAGUUCCCCCGAGACAAGCUGGUGCUGGGCAAGCCUCUGGGUGAAGGCUGCUUUGGCCAGGUCGUGCGGGCAGAGGCUUAUGGCAUCGACAGAGACCGGCCAGACAGAGCUGUCACCGUGGCUGUCAAAAUGCUGAAAGACAACGCCACCGACAAGGACCUGGCUGACCUCAUAUCUGAGAUGGAGAUGAUGAAGCUCAUGGACAAGCACAAGAACAUCAUCAACCUCCUGGGAGUCUGCACGCAGGACGGUCCUCUGUACGUGAUCGUGGAGUUUGCUGCCAAGGGCAACCUGCGCGAGUACCUCCGUGCCCGCCGCCCCCCAACACCUGACUAUGCUUUUGACAUGGCUGCGAUGCCCGAGGAGCAGCUUUCCUUCAAGGACCUGGUCUCAUGUGUCUACCAGGUGGCCCGUGGCAUGGAGUACCUGGAGUCCAAACGGUGCAUCCACCGUGACCUGGCUGCCCGCAACGUGCUGGUCACAGCAGAGAGUGUGAUGAAGAUCGCUGACUUUGGCUUGGCCAGGGAUGUCCACGACAUUGACUACUACAAGAAAACUAGUAAUGGUCGCCUGCCAGUGAAGUGGAUGGCACCUGAGGCCUUGUUUGACCGUGUUUACACCCACCAGAGCGAUGUGUGGUCCUUUGGGAUCCUGAUGUGGGAGAUCUUCACCCUGGGGGGCUCCCCCUACCCUGGCAUCCCUGUUGAGGAGCUCUUCAAGCUGCUGAAGGAGGGGCACCGCAUGGACCGGCCAUCCAACUGCACCCACGAGCUGUACAUGCUGAUGCGGGAGUGCUGGCAUGCUGUGCCCUCACAGCGCCCCACCUUCAAGCAGCUCGUGGAGGGGCUGGACAAGAUCCUGGCAGCCGUUUCAGAGGAGUACCUGGAUCUCUCCAUGCCGUUCGAGCAGUACUCGCCCUCCUGUGAGGACACCGCCAGCUCCUGCUCCUCCGAUGACUCUGUCUUCACCCAUGACCCACUGCCACUGGCUCCCCGCCUCUUCUCCUACCCCCGUGUGAGGACUUAAGGGUGGGCAGGGGAGG